AUGUCUAACUAUCUUACUAAGCGUACUAAAGAUACUAUGGUUAGGCCUGGACCCCUUUUAAUUAUAUGUAUUUCCCAUUCGCAUUUUUAAUAGGAUUACAAGGAAAGAGUUUGUGAAAGAAUUCUGGCAGAAGUAGUUUACACCAUACUAUUUUACAUCUAUGGGAUUUUAUUGAUGGUUUGGUAUACCAUGUAUGACGAAAUCUCAUUUAAUAUUGCUGAGAAGAAAAACAAUAAUAAUUAAGAAUAAUAAUCAGCCCCCAAAACCGAGAACAGAAAAUUCAUUCUGACAUAUUACAAAGACAUCAUGAAAAUAAGACUCUUCCUUGUCUUAAUUGUUUAAUUGGCUGUCAGUACAUUAAAUGGAUUAAGAUUAGGACAAUAAUAUAAAACUAUCUUAUAUAUUGCAUAUGCAGUACUGUUACUCAAUUUCAUUUCCUUUAUUUUUGAAUUUCUUCUAUACGGUAGAUCCCUCAAUCAAUGCAUAGAACAACAACUCAAAAGGCUGGAUUAAGAUAACCGAGAGCAAGAAAAAGAAGAGAAGCUGAAAUUCUCAUUAAAUAAUUAGCAAACUAUACUAUCAAAAACUUAGUUGAUGAUUUAAUAAGAAGAUCAUUUGUAAUCACCAGCUACACCUGACUAAUAAAUUUUAAAGUUGAGUUCCCUAAGUGUAAGUGAUGAAAGUCAAAAGGAAACUGCCAGAGCCAUUGCCAUUACAUAAAUCGAUAAACAUUAAUAUCAUACUUUUUUUAAAAAGCAAGUGACGUUCAGAUCACCGCAAAGUACUCCUACAUAGCAGAAUACUGAAAUUAAACGUGAUGCUCAAAAAUGCAAAAUGAAAACCAUAGUUAGCGAAGAAUCACAAAAUUCACUACAUGCAGAUGAGGGGUCUAAUCAUUAGAAAGUUAAUUCUUGUUUAUUGAAUGAGGAAGACUUUGAUUAAGUAGAUUUGGAAUGGAAUAUAAAAAAGGAUAGGAAUAAUAUUAAGAAGAUAAAAAAAUAAUAGAUUAAAAUUGUGGAGAAAACUAAAUCAUAAGUAAAUGAAGUCAAACGAUAAAAUAAAACACCUAAAAAAAAUACUAUAAAUUAAGUGAUCAAUUUAGAUUCCUUUUAACUUGAGAAUGAUAACAAAACUAAAAUAUAACUUGCUCAGGAGUAUUAAGCUGAGAUGCUUGCUCAAUAAAGAUAAAUACGAACUUCAAAUCUAAAUGCAGAUAAAAAAGUACUUGCUAAGAUCCAGAUGCUCAUUUAUGUUGGAGUGUUUCUAGAAAUUUGCUUUGGAGCAUUGUCUGUUGUUAUUUUAUUAACUGAUCUACUUAAUAAACCUGUAGGUACUAUUUGCUAUUUGUACAUUUCAGCUAUGCUUCAAUUCUUAUCAUUGAUUACUGUGUUGAAACUAUUUCGAGAUGUUAGGAGCCAAGAAGUGCUGAAUUUAAUUUGGAUUCAAAAGGUGGGGAAUAGAAAAAAUAAGAUUAAUCAGAAGUAUUACUUCUAAAUUCCGCUUGAGUAGACUAAGGCGGAUGAAUCUAAGAAAAGAUUUGAACAAAGAAUCAAUAUGCACAUAAGAUGA